AUGGUUGAGAAGGAGCCCGAGCGUGAGGACACUCCUGCAAGCUUACUUCCGCUUGUGCAGGCCAAAGUGCCCAUUGUAGCCCGUGCCGCGCGCGAAGACCGCGUGCUGGUGUCGGCUUCAAAGAAGUUGGUUGCUCGUGCAGACGCUGCCUUGGCAUACUUCCUGGAUGCCCGCUGUUUCGACAAAGCGUUGGCACGGCUUUGCCUUGAUCUGUCAGUGGACAUGAACCCAGAGCGUUUCUUCACUCGAUGUGUGAAGUGCAAUGGCCGGGUAUGCCCGCUUGCCAACACUGAAGAGGAGCAAGACCGGGCCAUGGCGUUCGGAGCUCCGACAGACCCUUCCAUUCCUCUCUUCACGUGCAGUCUUUGUGGACAGGUCUACUGGUGGUCGAAGGACCAGGGAAGCGCCUCCGCGAGGGCGAGACACCAGGUAGACAAGCUUGUUGAGCUGGUGGCACAGCUACGUGAAAAAGGUUCCGGCGUGGCUGUGGCAGAGGAGGGCAGUUCGGCAGGGCAGUUCCUCAGAGAUGGUGGCGGGCGACUGGAGCAGCCAUGGCAGCUCCGAUCAGCGUAUGAGGACUUGGAGCCUUUGAAUGAGACAGAGAUGCAAGACAAAGUGCUGAGCAACUCGAAGUAUGGCUUCCAUGGAUGUAUCGACUACAUUUGGUUGAGCCUGGACCUGAACCGUGGGCCCUUUGCCGUCCCUGGUCGGCUGGUCCUGGCCUUCCGACCACUGGCCAUUAGCGGAAAGGGCUUCCAUGGCUUUCAGCCUUCGGCGCAGACUCACUUGUAG